AUAGAAGAACCGAAACGUUUCAUUAUCAUCCGGUCAUCCCACCGCACACGUCUUUUCUAUUCCGUUGUUUUCUGUCAUUCAAAUUGUGAUUGUGAAGUGAUUAUUAGUUCUUUUCGUGGAAAAUAUGAAUACAGAGCCGCUAAUAUAGCGAACGGAGCCUAUCUGAAUAUAGUUUCAGAGUGAAAUUUACAGAAACACCUUACCAUGCCCCGUGACCAUCCAAUGCCGUGAGCCACCAUGGACACUCUCCACGUGUCCGCCGCCAGCAAGGCAUCCUCCCGCAGCCAGAGCCCCGCGGGGGAGGUGUCCGAUGACGUCAUCCGCUCCCGCGCCGCGCCGCCGGCCAACCACAAUGCGGGCAGUGAGCCGGGGUCGUCGUCGUCGUCACGCCACGGCGAGUUCGUGAAGCACCACGCCAAGUCGCACUCGCGCGACCUGGGGACCAGCCCGCUCAGCGCCAACAACUCCGGCAACUCUAGGGAUCUAGAAGAUUCGCCCCAAAAGAAGAUGCUCCCUGGUCUAAUGGCUCCUGCUGACUACAGCGGCGUGUAUAGUCCCAACGUGUCGUACGCCAUGUCAUCAGCUGACGAGUACGGGUCACCCGCUUAUAGAGGUCAAGAUGGAGAUUACGGCUCUCCAGACGAGAACGACUCCACCCCCAGCGGCACCUCGUCGAAGGCGCAGGCCGCCAUCGCGCACCUCAACAGCAAGAUCGUGAGGACCAAGGACCUCAUUAGAUUGGAGCAGACUAUACGGGAUGACAACGUGAACGAAUACCUCAAGCUAGCAGCCAACGCGGACAAGCAGCAACUCGGCCGCAUCAAGGCGGUGUUCGAGAAGAAGAACCAGAAGAGCGCGCUCUGCAUCGCUCAACUGCAGAAGAAGCUCGAGGGGUACAACAAACGCAUCCGGAACUGGGAGUUCGUUCUGUCUCAGGUGGGCAGCGGCGGCCAGGCGCACCGGCAGCCCCGGGAGGUGCUGAGGGACAUGGGGCAGGGGCUCAAGAACGUGGGCGGCAACAUCCGCGACGGCAUCACCGGGCUCGGGGGCAGCGUGAUGGCGGCGCCGCGCGAGUUUGCGCACCUCUUCUCACGGUCCAACCGCUUCGGCUCGGCGGAUAAUAUCGCGCAGCUCGCCGAUAACACUGGGCCUUCACCACAACACGCGGAGUUGAGAGCGAACGCGUCGUCCGAAGGUUCCCGAGCGUCAGAGGCCGGCGAAGCGGCAGCGCCGCGCGGGUCCACACUGCCCAGAGCGGCAACGUCGCCCGCGCCCAAGUUCUCACCCGAUGCCAGCCCGAGCUCGUCCGUCACUAGUGAGGGGGGACCUUACCCGACGCAGGGGGGUUCAAACAACAUGUCAGAGGCGACGUUCUCCAUCAAGCCCAUCCUCAACGAGUUGAGGGAGAGACGGGAGGAGUACGAGCGAUUGGCUGAGAAGAUGGAUGCUUUGAAGAACCUGUCGCAGGAGGUGUCGUUCCUGUCGGCGGCGCUGCAGGAGGAGCGCUUCAAGUCGGAGCGCCUCGAGGAGCAGGUCAACGACCUCACCGAGUUGCAUCAGAAUGAGGUGGAGAAUCUGAAGCAGGCGCUAACGGACGUGGAGGAGAAGGUGCAGUACCAGAGCGAGGAGCGCAUCCGGGACAUCCACGAGGCGCUCGACUUGUGCCAGACGAAGAUAAGCAAGCUAGAGCAGUGGUGCGCGGGCGGCGCGGGCGGCGGCGGCGGCGGCGGGCUGCCGGACGCGGGCGCGGCGCACGCGCUGCCGCCGCGGCUGCUGCUGGUCAAGCUGCUCAAUGUCGCGCUCACGCUGUUGCAGCUCGCGCUGUUGUUAGUGGCUACGGCUGCGGGCAUUGCCAUGCCGUUUUUGAGGACUAGAGUGCGAGUCCUGACAACAAGCCUCGCCGUCAUGCUCGGGGUGAUGGUGCUCAAACAGUGGCCGGAAGUCACCCAACUAUCAGAGCACCUCGUGAGGAGAUUGAAGGAGUAUCUGCUGGACAAGCACCACGACAGGUAUGAGUGCAGAUCGUUAUGUGGUUGAUUUAUUUUCAAUCGGAGAAUCGUUGGAACAUUGCAAUUUUGUCCUGAGAAGUAUAUUUGAAUAACUCUCAAAUAGAUCUCUACUAAAAAGCUUCAGAGCUCAUAUUUUGAAAUACCUACACAAUUUUACCAGCUUUAAUUGUAAACGAUAAUUGUAGCUAAUAUUUCGUGUAGAUUUCGCAAUAUAAGCACUGUUGGAGUCCCAAGGACCGCUGAAUAUGUACAAAAUGGACAUACUUACAAAAUGUUGAAAAUGGAAUAGCAAUUAUUGAAAGUUGUGAUGUAUUCAUUCAACCCCUUGGGGGGCUCAAUAUGCUGCAGCGCUUGCCACGAAUAUAAGUUUCACUAUAUCGAUUUACCUACCUGAGUACACAUUACACACAUAUUUUACAUUGAUUUUAAUGUUGCUUAUCAAUACACGGAACAUACCCUACUGUAUUCGUAUACGCCCCUUCUGUCCAGCAGCAAGCUAUGGCUAACAUAACUAUAACUUAUAUUUGCGGUGAGCCUGUGACAUCCUAGAAAAUGCUCAUUACCGCUUUAUCUACUACUUUAACUACAAGAUGUAAUUACUUAUAGAUUAUUUUUAUGUGAUGAUGACGUUAUGUAUAAGGUUAUACAUUUUUGUCUCCGGUCUCUUUGAUACAUUUAGGUUAAUUUUUUCGGAUAGCCUUUUAAAUGAUGCUAGAAUAUUUAUUUAUUUUUUAUAAAUAAUGGUGUACCUGGGUUUUACGGCUGAUCUUAAAACUCUUAUUGAUAGGGUCAAGGUCUUCGGCAUUAUCAGUCAAAUUUGUAACAACUAAAAGUAAUAUUCCUUAUGAAUUUUACAAGAUGGACUAAAUUUCUAUUGGGAAGCAGGUUUUAAGAAAUUUAAUUCUAAUGGGUUAUGUGAUGGUAGAAAAGUCCUUCGUAAUUUUAAUAAAUGUUAGGUACUUAGAUUCAGCCUAUUGUACAUACAGUCCUGCCUUGAAUACCUAGGACUUGGAUAUAGUUCAAUAUAAAGCAAUAAAAUGUUAUUUAGUAACCAAUACUAAAACUAUUUUUGUGACAUCACAAAUACAUUAAAAAAAUAUGAGAUUAUCAACUGAUUGGUUUGGACAGUUGUGAACAAAUUAGACAUAAUUUAGUCAAUUUAUAUUUUAAUUAAAAAAAAAAUGUAAAAUGUUAUUAUAACUUAUUAAACUAAUUCGAAUGACUGUUCUAUAACGCAUUAGAUCAAUUAGUUGAAUGAACUAUUAACAUAUUUAAGAUCAAGUAAAACUUCAGUCUAUUACAAAGUUUAUACAUAGGAGUAAGCUUACUUACAACUAACUAUAACAUAUUUGAGACAUUCCAAAUUUUGUUACGGCAGGUUAAAAUAGAUUAUAUAACAAGUAAUUCUGGAUUAUUUCAGUUUUUUUUAAGACAUUGUGAUGCCCUUUAGAUGACGGCAUUCAUGAUCUGUAUUAACGCCAUCUAGCUAAAUAGUAGUGGCGUUUACUAGAAAAAAUAAUUGUGUACAAAUUGUAAAAGUUUAAACUCUGUUCUGUAUAUUCUGUAAAUAUUAUUUAUGUUAUGUGGUUCAUGUAUAAGUUUGCCCAUUUUAUUUGAAAAUCACAAAUGUAACCGUUGUUGUUUUAAAUAAAAAUAAUUGUCAUUUAUCGAUUGUAUAGAUUGUUUUUAAAAUUAUUUUUAAACAAACCUGUGAUUAUAUUCUGUUUUAAUAUAAAUUUAGGAACACAAUAAGUAUGUUCAUUUCAAUCUUCAAAUUGUAGUUUAGUUUUUAUAAAGCAUAUCUCAUCGUCAUAUUUAUAAUUUUUAGUUUUUAAGUCAGACAGUUGUAAGCAACUAUCUUAUUUUUUUAUCGAAUGCUCUCCCAUAAAAUUUUGAUGUAAAAUGACGUUUCAUUAUGAAUUUUAUGUUUUGGUGCUGGCUAUGGAAUGAAUAAUAAAGUCAUCACAGAUUAAAGAA